AUGACAGAAGUGACGAACCCGCGUCGAGUCCUCGCCGUCUCGCUGGCCGACUCGACGCAGCAGCUCAGCAGAGUCAUCCAAGAACUCACGGGCGCCAUCCCCGAAUCCGCGUCGACCUCGCUCGCCGGCACAACGCACGUCCUGGACAUCAAGACCAGCUACUACACCGCCCAGGUGCCCAUCUGGCUGGACCUCAUCUCCUCGCCGUCGGAAUGGUCCGCCUCUUUCCUGUCGCCCGAGGCGAAGGAGGUUCUUUCGGUUCUUGGGGGUUUGGCUAUCGUCUUUGCUUUACCGUCUCCUACCUCGGCAGCGCCGCCCGCUAUUGAAGCUGCGGAUCCGGUAGCUGUUCCGGCCCCGGCGGCACCGUCCGCGGAAGAGACGCGCACUCUGAUCGAGGAAGUCGGCAAGGUCGUCCGCGAAGGACUCGGCGGUUGGGCGUGGGACGGCGUCGGGCUGGGUAUCGGCGUUGGCGAUGGCGAUUCGGAGGAGUGGGAGGAGCUGUGCGCGGAAUGGGGGCUGGAGUUCGUGCAAGUGCGUGGUGGGAAGAAGGAUGAGGGGCGGAACGAGUUUGGAGAAAAAAUGGGCAUCCCCAGAGUCCGCGAAGCUCUGGAAUCAAACGACUGGGCCGCCGACGCCGGACCGGACGUCGACUCGGAUCUCGACGACAUCGAGUCCGAGCUAGCGCGGAAACCGAAACCGCUCGCGGAGGGAGACGACAACGACGACGAGUUCGACUUUGACCCGGAGAGCCUGGACUUCGGCUUCGACCGGUCAGACUUUGAGGGUCUGAAGAAGGCGAUUUGGAAUCUCGAGAAGGAGCAGCAAAAUCAGGAUAGCGAUGGUGAGGAUGAAAAGGAGAAGAAGAAGACGGAGGAGGCUUCGGCGGAUAAGAAAAGCGCGGACGAGAAGGAAGGGGAGCUCGAUGCGGAAGAGGUCGAGAAGUUGGAGGGUAUGAUGCGCAAGUUGCAGGCUGUGAGGGAUAUGAGCGCCGGGUUGCCCGAGGAGCAGAGGAAGAAAAUGGCGAGGAAGGCCGUGGGCGAGGUUAUGAAGGACUUGUGA